CUGUUGGUGGCAGUGAUGUGACGUCCCUGACGCGCUUUCUGCGGUAAAACAUCCAUCGAAGAAGAACAAGGCGGAAGUAAGUGUCACGUCGCUGAGCAUAAAGCUACUGUGAUUCUGUUGUUUGUGACAAAAAAAAUGUGUAAGGUUCAAAUACUGAGAGUGUUGAUGGAGCAGCGACUAAAUGCCGCUGUUGAAGAAAUAUUUGGACUGUUUGAAAGAACAAUAACAGAAUACGAGGAGGAACUUUCUCGGACAAAGGAGGAAAACAAGCGUCAACGCCAACAGCUGGAUGCUGCUUUGGAGCACAACGAUGGGUCACACAGAGCAGACAUUCAACAGGUGUUGCUGGAGAGUGAAGAUGAGGUUUUCCCCGAGCAGCAGGAGUGGCGCUCCAGUUUGGGGCGACAGGAGCAAGAGCACCCCCACAUUAAAGAGGAAAAGGAGGAACUGUGGGAGCAGCUUCAAGAGGCUGACGUCACCAUGGUCCCAUUUACUGACGUCCCUGUGAAGAGUGAGGAUGAUGAAGACAAAGCUCAGUCCUCACAGCUUCAUUACUGUCAAAGCGAGGUAAACAAAGGGGCGGAGCUUUUAACUCAACACAUGACAGCAGAGGGUGAUAUAAACCAUUUUGGAGGAUCACAAGCAGACUACGCACAACCGUCAUAUAUGACUGACAUGAUGUCACACUCUUCAGAGACCGAGGAUGAAGACUUUAAAGGUGAUAUGAGACGUCAGGUUGACAGCAAGCGCUUUGAAUGCUCCGAAUGUGAGCGGACAUUUAACCGUAAGGAAAGCAUGAAAAGACACAUGGUAACGCACACUGGAGAGAGACCUUUCACAUGCUCAGUUUGCGUGAGAAGUUUCUCUUUGAAGCAAUAUUUGGAACGACACAUGAUGAUACACACGGGGGAGAAUCCCUUUUCCUGUUCAGUUUGCAAUAAUAGAUUCCGAGAUAAGUUCAAAUUGAUGGUCCACAUGAGAAAACACGCUGCAGAGAGGCAACGUUUAACUUCCAGCAGCACAACUGGAGAUUAUGGAAUACACUAUGAUGGAUCACAAGCAAGCAGCGGCUUUGCUCCACUGUCAGAUAUGAACGACGUGAUGUCACACGCUUCUGACCACGAUCACAGCGACAAUGCCAAAAAGCCUUUGGAGAGUAAGAAGGACUCCAAAGGAGAUAUGAGACAUCACACUGACGAUAACCUCCUCAACUGUUCCUUUUGCAAGAAAACGUUUGACAAAAGGUGGAAAUGGAAAAGACACAUGAAGUGUCACACAGCGAAGAAACCAUUCAGCUGCCCGCUGUGCGCCAAGGGAUUCACCCAAAAGUCAGACAUGACCAUACACAUGGCGGUACACACGGGAGAGAAACCGUUUAGCUGUGCUAUUUGCGCCAAAAGCUUCGCCGCAAAGAAAUACAUGGCGAUACACAUGAGGACGCACACGGGCGAGAGACCUUACGCUUGCUCGUGUUGCGCCAAAAGAUUCACCACAAAGCCGCAAAUGGACAGACACAUGAUGAGAAUGCACCCGUUCAGCUGCAGCACGUGUAAGAAAUGAUGACAACACAAGAGGGACAGUGACAAACACAAGUAGAUUCUCGACAAGAUUCAGUACUGUGCAGUAGUGAUGAGCGAAUCAGUACUAAAGUGUUGCAUCCUAACAGUGAGAAUAUUCUGGGUUUAAUCACCCAAAGUCAGCUGGGACAGGCUUUUGUGACAAUUUUUUAUGGUUAUUUCUCGCCUAACUUAUUUGUUUUGAAAAUCACCAGAUCUACUCC